UAUAUAUAUAUAUAUAUAUAUAUAUAUAUAUAUAUAUAUAUAUAUUUUUAAACAUAUCCGAGAAGGAACAAUUGCCAUUGCAGCAUUUAAUGCUGCCUUAAUGAGUAGUAGAAAAAAAGAUGCUACAUUAAUGAAUCUUAUCAAGAAAGGAUGAUGCAUUAAUGAAGUGUGGAAAAAAAAAAUCCUUAUCCUUUGACACAUAUGGUGAUUAUUCUUGCAAGAUAAAUCUUUUAUAAAUGAGUGCAAUUACUCACUUUCUUUCACCAAAAAAAAAAGAUCACCAUCAUAUAUUCUCAUUUCCCUUCACAUAAUCCCUUCACAAACCCCACAUCAAUCUCACAACAAAUCCGAGCAGGGGAAGGAAGCAAUCCAUCGAGACUUUUGCAUAUCAUAAAGACUGACAAAUUCACAAUUCUCUCUCACAAUCAAACAAAAGUACGUCCGCAAGUAAAAUCGAAACGAAAGAUUCAAGCUAAGGGAACUAAACAUUCAAGGUUGAGCAGCGAAGUGGUGGGGGAAGUGCUAUUGAGACAAGACAUUUAAUUCAGUCAGAUUUUGACUCUCGGAGAUUUUCGCCCAAUCAAGUCUCCAUUUAUGCUGCUUUAUUUUGUUUCGUCGAAGAUACUGCGAGAAAUUAUAAUUUCACACAUUCCGUCGCAAUCAGAUCGUCAUUGUUCCAGUUGGUUCGUUUAACAAUGGAAGAAUUUAGGGUUGUGCCUGCCUGUUCUGAUAAAUUGAAGCCUGUUGUUGGUCAGAGGUUCCAAUCAUUAGAGUUUGCACUCGCGUUUUAUGAUGUGUAUGCUAGGGCUGUUGGGUUUGACACGCGCAAACAAGGUGCGAGGAAGGUGGACGAAGUUACAACGUGGUAUUACGUAGUAUGCAAUAGGGAGGGCCAUAAGAAGUCCAUCGACGAUGACCAGUUGAAUGCACGUUCCGGUUUCUCAAUGAAGCGCCGACGCUUAUCGAAGAGAUGUGGCUGUAAAGCUAGUAUUUCCUUCAAGUACUUCUCUGAUAAUGGACAUCCAGGUUAUAUGGUACAAGAUUUCAAGAGGUACAUAACCACGAGAUGGUGGAUUCCGACCACCAGCAGUUCAUGACUGUGAACCGUCAUUUGGAUGACGUUCACCAGAAAUUCAUACUUGAUUGUUCAAAAGCGAAUAUUGGACCCACGUUGACAUUUAAGGUUUUGAAAGAAACUCUCGGUGGCUUUGACCUCGUCGGUUGUACCGUCGGUGACAUCAGGAAUGCGUCACGCGACAUUAAAGCAUAUGCGCAUGGAGUCGAUGUGCAAAUGGUUUUGGACGACAUGGCGAAAAAGAAGGAGUUGUCUGAGUCGUACACAUAUCGUUACGAGGUUAAUGAAAACAACCAGUUGGUAGCGUUGUUUUGGUGUGACGGCUUAAUGCAAAGGAAUUACCAUAUGUUUGGUGACAUUGUAGCCUUUGACACCACCUAUAACACAAACAGGUAUUGCAUGAUAUUCUGUCCUUUCACGGGAAAGGACAAUCACGGUCGCCCUGUAACCUUUGCGGCAGGGUUGUUAUGCAAUGAGAAAACAGGGGCGUUUGGCUGGUUGUUUAGACAAUUUGUUGAUUGCAUGGGCAUAGCACCGAAGAUGAUCGUGACAGAUCAAGACAAUGGUAUGAAAUCAACGAUUGAAGAGGUUCUGGUUGGCACGCGUCACCGCUGGUGUAUGUGGCAUAUUAUGCACAAGUUGUCCACCAAGAUCCCAAAUAGGUUGCUCAGGGAUGAAGCUUUCAAGAAGGAAUUCAGUGCUUGCGUUUGGUCUGAUCUGCUUGAGCCUGACCAAUUUGAAAUGGAGUGGAAAAGAGUGGUGGAAAGUCAUGGGUUGGAAGGCUUUGAUUGGUUUAACUCAUUGUACGAACACAGGCAUUUCUGGAUACCGGCGUAUUUUAGAGAUUUUCCACUUGGCUCGAUGAUUAGGACAACAUCCAUUUCCGAAUUGGAGAACAGUUUCUACAAAAGAUUUCUGAAGCCCCGUGCGAACAUAGCCGAGUUCUACAUGAAUUUCAACCAUGCUGUUGAGUUUCAGCGUAACAGUAUGACGGCGUUAGACUACCACGAUGCCACUGCUUUGCCCAUUUUGGCGACCACCUUGCCGUUCGAGAAACAUGCUUCGACGCUUACACAGAUAAGAUGUUUAGGAAAAUUCAGGAAGAAAUCGUUGAGGGUAAUGAUAGAUGUCGCGUGCUGGGAUUUUCUUCGACGGAAUUUGUUGACACAUACAAGCUUGGGGAUAGCAAUCGCAAAUCCUAUCUGGUGACUCAUGAUAGGAGUGUUGAGACUUAUUAUUGCGAUUGCAAACUCUUUGGUAGGCACAGAUAUUUGUGCAGACAUAUUUUUUUCAUCUUCAGGAACAAUGAAUUGAAGAAAAUACCAGAAAAAUACUGCCAAAGUAGAUGGAUGAAGACUCCGCUAGCCAAGGUCGUCCAUGGGGACAUUCAUGAUGACAUUCCUACCAUGUAUGUUGCUGACGACAAGCAAGCAGUGUCAAAGCAAGGCAUUUCUAUGUUCUAUGGUUUCCUCCGGAGGUUUGAGGAAGAUAUUGAUGUACUACGGGCAUUUGUAGGCGGUGUUGAAGAGCUAGGUAAAUCUCUGCAAGCUGGGAAUCCGACAACGUCAGCAACUGAAAAAAGGCGAAUGAUUGAAGAGUUCUAUGGCAUGGUGCGGCCUGAAGUUGUGGAUGUUCAUCCUCCAGAUGUUGUGAAGACCUAGGGGCACGCUAGUAGCUCAAAGAGCCGACUGAUUUCCAAAAGGGAAAAGGCUCUAAAGGAUGCUAGUCGGCCUCAACGACGGUGUAAGGCUUGUGAUGAGAUGGGCAAUCAUGACUCCAGAAAUUGUCCUAUGCUUAAAGAGAUGGAGAUGGAGAUAGAUUUGGGGAAGGGCAAGCGUAGGUUGUGAUUUAUAGUAUGGAUUUAUGUAGCCGGAUUUUUUUUCUUAUAUGACUCUAUGUUCCUAUUCCAUUUCUAGUUCCAUAUAAUGCUGUAAUAUUAAUCACAUGAUGAACCAACAUUCCAUAAUAAUGCAUAUAAUAUGUACUUACAUUCA